GCCUGAAGCUGGAAUGUGAGAAGCUGGUGAGUGAGAAGACAGAGAUGCAGAGACAUUAUGUCAUGUACUAUGAGAUGUCCUACGGGCUGAACAUCGAAAUGCACAAGCAGGCAGAGAUUGUCAAGAGACUGAGUGCCAUCUGUGCCCAGAUUAUACCCUUUCUGACGCAGGAGCACCAGCAGCAGGUCCUGCAGGCUGUGGAGCGGGCCAAGCAGGUCACCAUGGGGGAGCUGAACAGCAUUGUCGGGCAGCAGCAGCUUCAGCACCUUUCCCACCAUGCAUCCCCCAUCCCGCUGACCCCCCACCCCUCCGGCAUGCCACCUUCCAGCCUGAGUGGGGCCAGCGGCACCUCGGGGCUCCUGGCCCUCUCUGGGGCAUUGAUGGCACAGUCCCAGCUGGCUGCCAAGGAGGACAGAGUGGCCCAGGAUGGGGAGAACAGAGAGCGCACCCCGAGCCGGAGCGUUUCUGUCUCCCCUCCCGAGAGCCUGCAGGACGAGGAGCGGUCAGAGCUGAAGCGGAAGCGGGAGGAGAAGGACCUGCCCGGGCAUUAUGACAGCGAUGGGGACAAGAGCGACUACAAUCUGGUGGUGGAUGAGGAUCCCCACUCAGAGCCCAGCAGCCCCGGCCGCACGCCCAGCAGCCGGCCCCCUCCGUCCCGCCAGGAGAUGCCCGAGAGCCCUGCCUCCAUCGCCUCCAGCCGGAGCACGACGCCCCUCAAGCCAAAGGACCAGAUGCUGACUGACCCUCCCGCCAGCGUGCCCACCUCCAAGCCCUCUUCUUCCUCGCCGCCCCGUGACUCCCCCACACCUGGCCCCGGGCCCAGCUCAGCUGUGCUGCUCCGGCCGCCCCCUGCCAAGGCACCGGCCACCGACGGCAUCACUCUCCGCAGCCCACUGAGUGUCUCCAGCCCCUUCGCAUCCUCCUUUGGGAUGGUGCCUCACGCCACCCUCAACGGGGAGCUCCCAGCCCCCAGCAUGUACAUGGGCAUCCACCUCGCGCCGCAGGUCAGCAGCGCCGUGAUGUACGGCCGGUCCCCAAUGGUGGCUUUUGAGUCACACCCUCACCUGAGGGCUUCCACCAUCUCAUCCUCACUCUCCACCAUCUCUGGAGGGAAACCUGCCUACUCCUUCCACGUCAGCGCCGAUGGGCAGAUGCAGCCCGUGCCCUUCCCCCCCGACGCCCUCAUCGGCUCCGGCAUCCCCCGCCACGCACGGCAGCUCCACACCCUGACCCAUGGCGAGGUGGUCUGCGCCGUCACCAUCAGCAACUCCACACAGCAUGUCUACACUGGAGGCAAGGGCUGCGUGAAGGUGUGGGACGUGGGGCAGCCGGGCACCAAGACGGCUGUGGCUCAGCUGGACUGUCUGAACCGCGACAACUACAUCCGCUCCUGCAAGCUGCUCCCCGACGGCCGCAGCCUGAUCGUGGGGGGGGAGGCCAGCACCCUCUCCAUCUGGGACCUGGCGGCCCCCACGCCCCGCAUCAAGGCCGAGCUCACCUCCUCGGCCCCUGCCUGCUAUGCCCUGGCCAUCAGCCCUGAUGCCAAAGUCUGCUUCUCCUGCUGCAGCGACGGCAACAUCGUGGUGUGGGACCUGCAGAACCAGACCAUGGUGAGGCAGUUUCAAGGCCACACGGAUGGUGCCAGCUGCAUCGACAUCUCUAAUUACGGCACCAAGCUGUGGACAGGGGGACUGGACAAUACUGUGCGGUGCUGGGACCUGCGGGAAGGCCGUCAGUUGCAGCAGCAUGACUUCAGCUCCCAGAUCUUCUCCCUGGGGUACUGCCCAACAGGAGAGUGGCUGGCGGUGGGCAUGGAGAGCAGCAACGUGGAGAUCCUGCACGUCACCAAACCAGACAAGUACCAGCUGCACCUCCAUGAGAGCUGUGUCCUCUCCCUCAAAUUCGCCUCCUGCGGGAAGUGGUUCGUGAGCACUGGGAAGGACAACCUGCUGAACGCCUGGCGGACGCCCUACGGAGCCAGCAUCUUCCAGUCUAAAGAGUCCUCCUCGGUGCUGAGCUGUGACAUCUCCCUCAAUGACAAAUUCAUCGUUACGGGCUCUGGCGACAAGAAGGCCACAGUGUAUGAGGUGGUGUACUGAGUCCACAUCCCUCACCCUCCCUCCUCCAUCAGGGAAGGGGCCAGGCUUUCUCCAAAGCCACCACAGGGGGGGAGACCUCCUGUGCGGGCCAUCCCUCCCGCAGCCCGGCUUGCAUCCUCCUCCUCUUCCUCGUCCUCUCAGUCCCCAAGCCAAGGCCCAGGCCAUAGCUCCACUCCCUGCCCGGGGAGUGAUGGGCAGAGCUGGGGGGUUGGGGCACUGGGGUCAGGCGUCCCCCAGGCCCGGCAGGGGCUGG